AUGGCGGAAAAGUUUAGCAAGUUUCGCGAUCCGGGCACGGGCAUCCAGGUCUUCCUCACGCCCGUUUCGACGCGCAGCAGCAUCCUUCUCGCCGUCUUUAGCCUUGUGGGCAUUCUUCGCUCGCUCGUCGCUUUGGUCGCGUACGCAGUGUACUGGGUGCUUCCCUCGGUGGGGGUGCGACUUGGACUGGUAGCGCUGGGGUACUGGCGUCUAUCACCAGACUACCGAGGUAGAGUAGCAGGAAAGGUGGUGGUGGCGAACCACUCGAGUUGGAUCGACCUGCUUGUGCUUACCGCGCUGUAUCCGGGUGCGGUGUUUGUGCAGCCUGUUCGCAACGAUGCGCCGCGCGCCAAGGGCAAGGUCAAUGCAGUGUCGGCGAAUGCUCGAAUGACCGGCGUCAACGAUGCAAGCCUCGCUGUUACGGGAUAUGCACUGCUGCCUCUCCAUCAAGCGCUGCGAUACGUCGGAGACCUGCCCCCAACCAACCUGCCCAACAUGUUUAGCACCAUCGAUGCUGCGGUCAAGAAUGCGGCAGGACCCGUGGUGAUAUUCCCCGAGGUGGUGACGAGCAACAACCGAGCGCUUCUGCACAUGGACUCUGCGCUCGUUCCCAAGGGCCAUGUGGUGGUGGUUAGCAUCAAGUACGCCUCACCCACGCCUGCCGCGCCUUCCUCGGUCAGUGCACCUUUCCAGCCGCUGUGGAAACAUGCACUCAAGUUGAUCGCCAGCUCGCCGGUCCGAAGCGUGACGAUCAGGGUAACAAUGGCAAGCGAGGAUGUAGCUGGCGUCUUGGCCGGGCUGGGUAGGUGGAAGAGGACGGCGAUCGACUGGACUGCCAAGCGCGAGUUUCUCGACUUGGUCCAGGCAAGAAGCAAAAAGUCGUAG